CAGGUGAUGAGGGGGAUUCCCAGUCACGUCCUCAGUGAGCAGAGAGGAAGGAUGUCACAGUGACCAGCAGUCUGGCGUGAUCUUCAGUGAUUAUGGAUGUUCUGACAAAUGUUUCCAUUGACGUGACCACAAAAACAUGGACUCUGGAGACUGCAGAAUCAAUAUCUUUUGACACCAACAUAUCCUCAUCUUCUUCUUUCAAUGGCUGUGAUAUCCAAGAUGGAAUCCUGUCCUGGAUGCUUCCAGUGGUGUAUUCAUUUGUAUGUGGUCUCAGCCUCGUAGCAAACCUUUUGGCCCUCCUCAUUUUCUGGAUAACCUGUCAAAAAUCCACUUCCGUGAUUAUAUAUCUGAGGAAUCUGGCAAUAGCCGAUCUACUGCUAGCCCUCUGCUUGCCUUUCCGCAUUGCUUAUCAGAACAAUAAUGGUCAUGUGCUCCUAUGCCAGGUCAUAGGUGCGUUCUUCUACUUGAACAUGUAUGCCAGUAUCAUGUUCCUCAGCCUCAUCAGCCUGGACCGUUAUCUUAAAAUAAUUCGGCCUCUGCAACAGUACAAAAUCCAUAGUGUGUCCUGGAGCACUAGGGCCACUUUCGUUGUCUGGGCGAUCAAUGUGGCCUGCAUUGUCCCAUUUCUGUUCGAAUACAAAGAAGAUGAGCCCUGCGACCAGAAGUGUUUCCACUUCAAGAAGAAAGGGAACAUAGCAGCUGCAAUCAACCUAACUGCAGUGAUUGCUUUCUUUGUCCUCCUCUUCCUUUUUGUCUAUUUUUAUGCAAAAAUCUUUGCCAAGCUCCACAAGGCGUCCUUAGGAAGGACCCAGCCGCAAACUAAGAGGAACAGCAACAGGGCAAUGAAAAAGUCUUUUAUUGUCUUAAUUAUCUUCAUUGUCUGUUUUGUGCCAUACCACUUGGUGCGGGCACCCUAUGUCCUAGCCCAGAUAGACACUAUAUCCAGCCUGUCCUGGAAACAGACUUUGCAUAUCACUAAUGAAUUAGUACUGUGUUUAUCUACUCUCAACAGCUGCCUGGAUCCUGUGAUUUAUUUCUUCUUGUCUGACAGCUUCAAAAGAGCUGUGAUGUGCACCAUCCAGGGAAAGCUGAAACUCAUUAUAAACAAUCAGGACAGAGGGACAAACUGCAACAGAUCUGUUACUGAAAUGUGAGUCUGGGGUCUGCUGUGUUUACCAUCACCUCUACGUGUCCUACAGUAGCACCUGUUUCUCUGGAUUCUCAGUGACAAAGCAUUUGGGUAGUUUACAGAAGAAAACAGAGGUUUCGGCAGUCUUCCCAGCUGUUGUUUGUAUGGUUUGUAAAGGAAGGCAUAUGAAUGCUGCAAUGUGCUGUCAACAUGUUUGAUCGUCUUAUUGCAUCAACAGUACAGCUUGCAGUGGCCAAACAUCGGAACGUGGAAGUAGCCGGCUAGUCUGCCAGAAUAUGACUUUACCCUCUAUUAUUUCAGAGUGAUGGUUGUUAGGAAAUGUUGCUAAAACAAGACUGUAUCUAUGGCUAGGAUGCUGCAACUGCUCACCCAGGGUGUAAUGUAUGUAAACUCAUAAGGACAUUUUGAUUUAUAGAAACCCUUUUUACAGUUUUCAAGGUAAAUCUUGUAUACUACAUUGGGCGGGAUGUAAUGCAGCCCGAGUUCCGCGGCCAUGUGUUACGGCAGCCGAACUCUGCCUUUUUAUUAAAGGGGCAAUCACUAAUACCACUUUCAGAUCACAAUGCCGGGACCCGCCCGGGAAUUGGAAACGGGUCCUUCCCGUGUGGGACGCGGCAUUGGACCCUUUCACAUUGCUUCCCGGGGCGGAGCUGGCAUCAGAGGCGGGUGCGGAGGUGGCAUUGGGGGCAGAGGUGGCGCUGGGAAAUUGCAUCAUCUCCGCACCGCCUCUCCCUAUGCUGUGAACUAGUGAUGUGCACCGGAAAUUUUUCGGGUUUUGUGUUUUGGUUUUGGAUUCGGUUCCGCGGCCGUGUUUUGGAUUUGGACGCGUUUUGGCAAAACCUCCCUGAAAUUUUUUUGUCGGAUUCGGGUGUAUUUCGGAUUCGGGUGUUUUUUUAACAAAAAACCCUCAAAAACAUCUUAAAUCAUAGAAUUUGGGGGUCAUUUUGAUCCCAUAGUAUUAUUAACCUCAAUAACCAUAAUUUCCACUCAUUUUCAGUCUAUUCUGAACACCUCACACCUCACAAUAUUAUUUUUAGUCCUAAAAUUUGCACCGAGGUCGCUGGAUGACUAAGCUAAGCGACCCAAGUGACCGACACAAACACCUGGCCCAUCUAGGAGUGGCACUGCAGUGUCAGACAGGAUGGCAGAUUAAAAAAAUUGUCCCCAAACACCACAUGAUGCAAAGAAAAAAAGAGGCGCAAUGAGGUAGCUGUGUGACUAAGCUAAGCGACCCAAGUGGCCGACACAAACACCUGGCCCAUCUAGGAGUGGCACUGCAGUGUCAGACAGGAUGGCACUUCCAAAAAUAGUCCCCAAACAGCACAUGAUGCAAAGAAAAAUGAAAGAAAAAAGAGGCGCAGUCAUCGCAACCGACACAAUUGGACUCUCCUUGGGGAUUUGUGAUUUAGAAGAACGCACAGUUCUUUGCUGUGCUUUUGCCAUCUUAACUCUUUUAAGUUUUCUAGCAGGAGGAUGAGUGCUUCCAUCCUCAUGUGAAGCUGAACCACUAGCCUUGAACAUAGGCCAGGCCCUCAGCCAUUCCUUGCCACUCCGUGUCGUAAAUGGCACAUUGGCAAGUUUACGCUUCUCCUCAGACGAUUUUGAUUUAGAUUUUUGGGUCAUUUUACUGAGCUUUAUUUUUUUGGAUUUUACAUGCUCUCUACUAUGACAUUGGGCAUCGGCCUUGGCAGACGACGUUGAUGGCAUUUCAUCGUCUCGGCCAUGACUAGUGGCAGCAGCUUCAGCACGAGGUGGAAGUGGAUCUUGAUCUUUCCCUAUUUUACCCUCCACAUUUUUGUUCUCCAUUUUUUAAUGUGUGGAAUUAUAUGCCAGUAAUAUAUCAAUAGCAAUGGCCUACUGCUAUAUAUACUGAGCACAACUGAAAUGUACCACAGGUAUGGAUGGAUAGUAUACUUGACGACACAGAGGUAGGUAGAGCAGUGGCCUAAUGUACCGUACUGCUAUAUAGUAUAUACUGGUGGUCAGCAAACUGUGCAAAACUGAAAUGCACCACAGGUAUGGAUGUAUAGUAUACUUGACGACACAGAGGUAGGUAGAGCAGUGGCCUACUGUACCGUACUGCUAUAUAGUAUAUACUGGUGGUCAGCAAACUGUGCAAAACUGAA